AUGCCCUCAUCGAUAUCGGAACCUUCGCCGUCAACCUCACCCUCACCGAUGCUAUUAGAGUCUUCCCCACUGCCUCCGUUCCGUUGCCUGCUAGAACCAAAUGAGGGGGUGGUGGAUUUAUUCGAUAUGAAUGAAUUACCAUCCCCAGCUAAAAAAAGGCGUUAUGUAUUUACACAAGACGGUUUUUAUGUGAAAAAUGUAUCAAAUUUGCCUGGUUUAAUUUCAACACUUAGUGAAUACGACUGGGAACUAAUCGAUUUUCGAUUAAUUAAUUUUGAACAGGACUGGGAACUAAUCGAUUUUCGAUUAAUUAAUUUUGAACAGGAUCUACUAGCAGUGAUAAGUGAAUUACAAGUCGAAUAUAAUCAAAAUUUGGAUGAUUGGGCCCAUGCACACUGCUCGCAUUUUACAUCUGAACGAGUUUUUGUGAACUUACAAGAAAAGGAAAAUUAUUUUUCAAGAUUUAUGAAGAUUAUUCCUAAUUUUUGCUGCAUUCAAUUGGAAGAAAAUUGUUAUACUGAAGAGCCCUGCAGGGUGUGUGGAGAAUUUUUUUGUUUUUGCGGUGUGGAGCUAAAGGUUAACGACCUGAUAGAAACUGUGGACCUGACCGGACCGGAGCUGAAGGUUAACGACCUGAUAGAAACUAUUGACCUGACAGCCACACAACCACCAGAACUGCCGCCCCUGCAAUUGCUGACGCAACCACAACUGCCGCCAGCAGAAACUGUGGACCUGACCGGACCGGAGCUGAAGGUUAACGACCUGAUAGAAACUAUUGACCUGACAGCCACACAACCACCAGAACUGCCGCCCCUGCAAUUGCUGACGCAACCACAACUGCCGCCAGCAGAAACUGUGGACCUGACCGGACCGGAGCUGAAGGUUAACGACCUGAUAGAAACUAUUGACCUGACAGCCACACAACCACCAGAACUGCCGCCCCUGCAAUUGCUGACGCAAUCACAACUGCCGCCAGCAGAAACUGUGGACCUGACCGGACCGGAGCUGAAGGUUAACGACCUGAUAGAAACUAUUGACCUGACAGCCACACAACCACCAGAACUGCCGCCCCUGCAAUUGCUGACGCAACCACAACUGCCGCCAGCAGAAACUGUGGACCUGACCGGACCGGAGCUGAAGGUUAACGACCUGAUAGAAACUAUUGACCUGACAGCCACACAACCACCAGAACUGCCGCCCCUGCAAUUGCUGACGCAACCACAACUGCCGCCAGCGUGGGUAAUCCAAAAUUACCCACCACCAUCGCAACUGCAGGAGCUGCGGACACUCAUCAGUGCCACUGGUUCAUCCCCCACAACCACAAUUGAUCCGCCAGGAGCAAUCCCCAACAAGGGGAACAACCAGCAAUGGAAAGGCCGUGGUGUGCCAACCACUAAAACCCCCAAAACAAUUAACAAAAGCCCAAAAACACUCAAAGUAAGUGACAACAAAACAGUGCAAGACAACUCAACAGAUUUAGUGACAGUGAAUAAAACGCCACCUAGUGUCAAUAAGGAGAACAUUAAUCCAAAUUUACUAGUGAACUGCAAAUAUAAUUUUAACCCGAGCUACGAACCAUCUCCAAAUAAUUCUGAUGAAUCCUUCCAUGAAGUAGGAAGUUUCAACGUGUCGCCAUCUACCAGUGAGAUUCUAGCCGAAAUAAACAAAGACAUCAACCAAGCAUUAAAAUCGAGUAGCAACAAAGAAGAUUGCUUCAAUUUUUCUGUGCGUCGUGACAACGAAGAUCACGGCACUGAGCAAGCCACAAAUUACGUAAAUAUUAAACAAAAUAUCACUUCCAAAAAUAAAACCAAAAACACCGAAAAUAACAAAAAGAAAACUUCAGUCAAGACCAAACGCCAUCCAUCAGAGAAAAGCAAAACCAUACUGGAAAAGAAAAAGAAAACUAACCAAAUCCACAUAAUUGAUGACAUCAAAAUACUAUCCGAAACAUCAAUUAUACAACCAACUAAGGACCAAACAAACAUGUCAGCACCACAACAACCCCCGCUGAACCCACCACCAGCCCCCGACACAUCAGAUAAUAUGGACUUAGAAAAUUCCCAAGCAGCCAGCCAAUUUAAGGAAGAAACGAUGAAGAAAAUAAACAAUUUAUUCCCAAAACAACCCGAAAACCACCCCAUAACAGUAGAAGUCCUAGUCCACAACAACCCUGAUAAUACAAAUAACCAACCCAGCCAACAACCUAUUACUAUACCCAAAAAUACACUCCCCAUCCAACAAACCAACACAACCGAUGAAAACCUUUUCAUAAAACCAAAAAAAACACUACCCAUUAACAAAAUAAAAAAAAUUAUUCAAAACCCAGUAAGAACCCAAAACAAAUUUCAGGACCUUGACAAGAUAGACGUCAUGGAAACCGAUGACACACAACAGGAACCAACAGCAACCAACACCAGCGCAGAAGCAACCAGGCAACCACCAACUAAGCAGCCCACACCCGUAGUAAGGGUUUUUACUCGACUUUUCCCUUCAAUUACUAAAGCCAUAACAACAACUAAUGACCAACAAAAAAACCACCCCUUACUGCCCAUUGUCUCUACUUUAAAUAACAAAACCAGCAACGCCCCUGGAUCGCCUAGCGAAAGGAAUGGCCAGCUCUGCAGGCAACAAAUUGAAGGUUGGCAUGUCACAAUGCAAGGGCACAACAUCUGCCAGGGAUUCCAGAGACGCCGGGACUACCAUCGCGAAUCUGGACCCCCCUUAUAUCUCGUGAAAAAUACCCCCCCGGACAAGGGUUUCCAUACCCGAGUCCGGAAAGACUGUGAAACCCCCAAAGAAACUCAAAACCCUCAAAUGAAUCCUCCCGGAGACGAUAAGAAACAAAGUGUGACCCCAGGAAAAUCCAGCGAACCAGGAAAGCCCGAAGCAUCUUCCCCGAAACCGUUAGAAACAGAGCGUCACUCCGCAGCGCCAUCUGCCAGGCGGGAGAUUAACUUUGAACAAUACGACGUAGAAACCGCUAUCUACAACCUGGUAAAUAAAAUUAUCCCCGAUACGGAAUCGACAUCAGUGGGCGGAGCCAACGUACAUAGCACUGCUGGCUCGACAGAGUUCAUCAAACCACAAGGCUCACCACUUCGCCCAGCGAGAUUUAACCCAAGCAAGACUGACGCUCCGUCAAAGCAAAAAUCCGAGCAAUCAGCCGCAGAGUCAAUAGAGGAAAUUCACUCCACUCCCAAAAAGAAGAAAAAAUUAAAAAAAUCCAAAAAGCACAACACUAACAAAGACAAAAACGGCAGUGACUCAAAUUCGUCCCAACCCAGAAAAAGGAAAGAACCUAAAAAUACUAGUAAGCAAGACCAAGAAGCAGAAAUUAACAUAAAAGAAAUACUAGAAAAAAUCAAAGAAAAUAAAACUACCGAUUCAGACAUUACAAUGAGGAGCACCGACAAUCAAUCCCCAACCGAUUAUUCCUUAAAUGAAGACGAUCUAUCAACUCAUGAUAAAGAAUUUACCCCAGUUAGCCCAAAAAAAUACAUCCCGAUAACUACAAUAAAUAAAAACAAAAACAAAAAAACAGCUAACAAAGAAAUUCCUCUAAAAAAUAAAUUCGGGCCAUUAAGCGAAGGAAACGAUGAAACUGGACAAAAAAACAUCGACCCUAUCCACGGAACAUCACAAACCACAACCACAUCUGCAUGUAAUAUUUUACCACCUGAUACAUCACAAACUGCAACCGGAGAUAAGCAAACUACAUCAAUUCAACCAAACAACAGUGCUCAAAAUAUAAAAAAACCUCCGCCAAUAAAAUCACCUACGCCAGAGGACGACACCAACAGCGUAGAGUGCGCCGACAGAAACCGUAGCAGAUCCGAGUCUCCGCGCACAAAGUCCACGCCGACCAGCCCAGGGGAAGACUCCGAGGACCAGCAGCGCAGGUCCGAAUCGCCGGAAACGCGACGGCACCCCACCACCACCCAGCUCACCACGAGUGACAGCCAAAAAGUGGUACCGGGUGGACCCUUUAAAAGUGACAUCGAUGGGAACUACAACCAGCCCUACGCGCGGGUCGGAUGCUUAGGCAGAGGCCGCGGAAUUAAAAUCAAACCUAAGUGCAGUGAUGAAAAUCAAAAACUAACCAGUGAGUCCCAAAAUAUACCAAAAACAAGUUUCAAAAACACCAAAACGCAUAGUGAGGAUCCUGCGAAAAGUAGUGCGCCAUCUACCAGUGAGUGCCCCAAAACUGUUGAAAUCCGCGAUGGACAUUAUGACAGUCCCAAAAUAGUGACACUUAGGAAACCAAAAAUUAACAUUCUCAGUGAAAUAAGACUAGACCAGAGCAGGAAUAAACAAUGUCCCUUAAACUCAAGUGAAAGUGGUGUAAACAAAUUUUAUGACACAAAAACAAACAAACAAAUAAAAAGAAAAACGCCACCUAACAACGAAAAGGAGAACCGUCCACCAAAAAAGGUGGAUAUCUGCAAGCCAGAACCAGCCCCCAUAGAAGAAGGAAACUACAAUCCUGACAUUCAAAUUGAAGCCCUAUCUACCGAUCGCUGUAACACGGCUAGCAAAGCGCAGGGCGACAAAGAAGAUCGCUGCAGCUUGGAGAAUCGUUGCGACGAAGAAGAUCGCAGAUUCUCUAUCAACAGAAAUCCUACAGGAACCUAUAAAACAAAAAUACCCGGAAUUGUGGUCAAAACGCAUAAAAGGCGACACCUAUCGGAAGUCGGUAAAAUACCUAAAAAGAAAAAGAAGAAAACUAAACCAAAAAUGCAAGAUCCUAACAAUACAAAAAUUACCGAAAAUCAACCCCAAACUGUGGCAGAUGAUCAUGUACCCCCACCGGAUCAUCCCCCUGCAUCCACCCAAGUAAAUCCACAACAAAUUGCAUCACAACUAAACGAAAACACACUUAAAUUAGUCGGAAAUUUAUUCGGCGGAGAACCCGUAGCAGAAGCUGGAACAAAGACAUUUACCGCCAAUACCUUCUGUGCUCCUGGUAGCUCAAAUGCAGAUAACUUGGGAAAUAACGGCCCAAAUGACUUUGUACAUCCUAGACGGACCAUUCCCUUUAAGAAAAUAAGUAUGAUUAGGGCCGUCAAAGAAUUGAAUAACAGAAUGAAAAAUGUCACAAAUGAAACUGACAGAGGAGAAAAGGGUGGAAUAUUCCCAGAGAGGCUAACCAGGGCGAUCCAGUGGUUACGUGUGAGGCUAUUGACCUUUGUAGAGAAAUCAGGAUUCAGAGCAGUUACUGUGGCCACACGGGGGACAGGGCAGCUUAGCAGUGAUUUAGAGUCAAUUGCAGAAGAGAGCCCAAACUUUGAGACAUUUGAACAAUCCGCAUUCAGAUUAAUCUACAGAAGGCUAGGCUACGUCCCAAGAUAUCUAAGAGGCUUGGUGAGAAGGUUGUGGAGCAAAACACACAGGAUGGACGACUACUGGAGCCAUCUAGUGGAUGUGCUAAAGGGAGAGCCAGUGCUGAAGGCCUGGGUGGAUACAGAUGGUGAACGUAAAGCCCUUGUAAAGUAUGAGACGGAGAUCCUCGCUCAAUGGGCUUUGGUGUUGGAGUAUGAGGGGUUCAAUGUAAUACACCUCUUGAAGUUGCUUCGUCAGCAGUUUUUAAACUACGUUGCAGAUGACAAGGCAUUCUCGGUGGAGUACCAGGCUGCGGGUGUAAAGAAGACUUUUUCAUACACCAAUAAAGAAAAGAUGUCCACAGACAUCAAGAUGAUCAUCAUGUUGUUCUGCCAGAGAGGAAAUGAUGUGGCCAAGGUCUCAGGGAAGAGCAAGGAGGGGAUAAAAGGCCUGUUGGACAUGCUAGUGACAAAAUACAACAUUGACAGUGUAAAGCAUGCAGCUGGCACCACUUUGCCUCCUGAUGUCAUCACAAUCCCCCGCAUAGUAGCCUGUUUUCCUCCAUUCUCAUGUGAGCUAUUCCACCAUGGCCAGGCUAGGAGGAUGUUUGAGUUGAGUGAUCUGAACAUAACAACUGAAGGUGCUAGUGCUGCCCUAUUAUGCCCAACCAUGGGUUGCUUGUACCCAUCAAAGUUCAUCACUUUGGGGACUACCAACAUCCUUCAUGUUGCAUUCCUAGUGGCAGUGAAAGUGGACCAGAUCAUCUACUCGAAGAAACACGAUUUGACCAGGCUUGAUGAGCUCGCUAGAUAUUUUGCAGCAGAAUACAGGACUACUAUCACUCCAGCACAGACUAGGGAGAAGUUCUUCAAGAAUGUGGAUCCAUCAACAAACGCCAAUAUAAUGGGACAACCCGCUGUAGGAGAAUAUGUUACAAUUGCACAAGAAAAUGGACACUAUUUAGCAGUGAGAAUUAUGGAUAUAUCAGAAAACUUGGACUACCUGAGUAGCAAAAUAGACGGCUAUAGAAUAAUCCCGGACAGUUUUCUAUUCAAUGAAGACUUCACCCCAACGGGCUCGUUCUCAUCCGUUAAAGAGCAAUCAGCCAAAAAACGCUUGUUUUUUGAAUGCGAUGUGUGUUCUAAAAACGAGGCGGAAUGCAAAAAACCUAAACUAGACACAGACUCUCUAUCAUCAUCUGUGAAAGACUACGUAAAUUUAAAGAAUAUCUUUGACAAGUUGAUGAACAAAUUUAAAGACAUCCAGAAGGAAACGUCGAGCUUCGAGAACGCUCUUAUAAAAAUCUGGGAGAAACUGGAAAUGUUCCACCAAAAAAGUUCCGAGGAUAUGGAUGAGCUACCACCUCGCAUGAAAAUGAAAUCAAGACUUACCAUCGAUUGA